ACGGCGGCCGGGUUCGGCGCUCGCGGCGCGGGAUUUCCAGCGCAGCCAGCCGGAGCGGAGCCCGAUGUGGUGCAUGGCUGUGUGGCUGCUGGAGAAGCGGAGGCGGCGGCAGUGCCUGACCCAGCAGCCCUCCCUGGCCCCCAGCAGGGACAUGGCCGCAUGUUGAGCGCUGUCCGGCGGCGGCCUGAGCGGGGCGGGAGGGAGUCCUGCGCAGCGCCGUGUGUCCGGGGACCCUGGCCGGAGGCGAGCGGCUCUGCUUCCUUCUCCGCGGUUGCGAGGUUAUGACACUCUCCAAGUUUUCUGGAUGCCUUCACAUGAAAGAGAAAGGUUGAGAUUUGCCCAGACUUGGCAUGACGGUCCUUAGGUCUUGAACCAACAUGGCAGCUGGAGAGUCCCCUCCCAUAGGAGGUGUCUUCGUCAACCUGCAGCAGGACAGCAUUAAUGCUGAGAAGGCCUUUCUCCCUGCCGAGGAUGAUGAGGAUUUGGAUAAGACCUUGUCAAUCAAGAGGUUUGGGGACCUGAUAAGCAAGUCAGCAUCAAGGGAUCUGGAAGAGCAGAGACGCAACUACAGUGAGAGAGAUUUUGAAUUCCAUCGCCAAACCUCCCACCACAUCCACCAUCCCCUUUCCACCCACCUGCCUCCUGCCCUCAAGUUCCAGAAGAGGCUCUCCCAUGCCAGCCGGAGGAAGAGGAGAAAGAGGAAAAAGAAGAAAACCUCCGUGCCCCCCUCAGACAUCACUCCCACCAUCCAGGAAGUGAAGGAGGAGGAAGAGGGGGACGAGGAGGAGGAAGGAGAGUCGGAGGCAGAAGAGGCCCUGGAGAAAGAGGUCUCACCAGAGUCAGAGUCAGAGGCUCAUGAGAAGAAGGACACUCCUCAGCCUGAGCUCCCUAGCAAACCAAAGUUCACCAUUGGGAGUGACGAUGAAUCCUGCAGUGCCUUGGCCUCUGCAUGGUUCCAUGUGGAGAAGGAGUGUGGUGUCAUGUCACCGAUGCCACACCGUGCUGACUUGCUGCAGGAGACGAGCCUGGCCUCUCUUGGCAGCCUCCCGGGGCCCAGAGAAUGUCCAUCUUGGGGAUGGGACAGGCGCAAGCCCUGGAGCCAGGUGGUGAGUGGGCAGAGGGUGAGUUAUGACCUGAAGGAGCGGGUGUGCAUCGGCAGCAUGACCACUCUGGAGAGUGCAGUGUACCAGCGCGUCCCUACCGAUGAGGCCGAGGCCCAGAUGCUGGCGUCUGCUGACCUGGACGACAUGAAAAGCCACCGCUUUGAAGAUAACCCUGGUGUGAGGCGGCAUCUGGUGAAGAAACCAUCUAGGAGCCAGAGCACCAGAACCAGCAGGAAGAUGGUGUCAACCCCGUCUGUCAAGAAGAAGAAGAAGAAGAAAAAGCUGGACAGGAGGCCCCAUGAGGUGUUUGUAGAGCUGAACGAGCUGGUCGUAGAUAAGAACCAGGAGAUGCACUGGAAGGAGACAGCGCGCUGGAUCAAGUUUGAGGAGGACGUGGAGGAGGACACAGCACGGUGGGGGAAGCCUCACGUAGCCUCACUAUCCUUCCGCAGCCUGCUGGAGCUCAGGAAGACCAUUGCUCACGGUGCUGUGCUGCUGGACCUGGAGCAAACCACCCUUCCUGGCAUCGCUCACCUUGUGGUGGAGACCAUGAUUAUCUCCGACCAGAUCAAAGGGGACGACAGAGCCAACGUGCUGCGUGCCCUUCUGCUCAAGCACAGUCACCCCAAUGAUGAGAAGGAGGGGUUCUUCCCCCGAAACCACUCCAGCUCCAGUAUGAAUUCGAUAGCGGGGAACCACCAUCACAACCACAACCACACGGCCGACACGUGCGUGGCCCUGAUGGGUGAGGAGCGCAUUGAGAUGCUGGACCCCAGAGCCCAGGACUCGGAGUGCAAAGAGAAAAAUCUGCAUCUCCACAGUUCCGAGGGGCAUCGCGGCAAAUAUCUGAAACUGAUGGAGAAGAUUCCUGAAGAUGCUGAGGCAUCUGUGGUCCUCGUGGGCUGUGUGCAGUUCCUUGAACAGCCCACUAUGGCUUUUGUCCGGCUGAAUGAGGCUGUCUUCCUGGAAUCUGUCCUGGAGGUCCCAAUUCCAGUCAGGUUCAUCUUUGUCCUGCUGGGACCCAGUCAGGCCAACGUCGAUUACCAUGAAAUUGGACGGUCCAUUUCUACCCUCAUGUCUGACAAGCUCUUCCACGAGGCUGCGUACAUGGCAGAUGACCGCCAGGACCUCCUCAACGCCAUCAACGAAUUCCUGGACUGCAGCAUUGUCAUCCCCCCGUCAGAAGUGGAGGGGAAAGACUUGCUCAGGUCUAUCGCUACUUUCCAGAAAGAGUUACUGAGGAAGAGGAAGGAGAGGGAGCAGAAGAAGUCCACGAAGGAAGGGGUUGUCCAGGAAGCUAAAGAGCUGUGUGAAGUGAAGGCUGAGGAGGAAGAGGAGGGGGAUGCUGAGGACGACCCAUUGAGGCGAACCGGCAUUUGUUUUGGAGGUCUGGUUCAGGACAUAAAGCGCAGGUACCCCAAAUAUCUCAGUGACAUCAGAGACGCCUUGCACAGCCAGUGCCUUGCAGCCGUUCUCUUCAUCUACUUUGCUGCUCUCUCUCCUGCCAUCACCUUCGGGGGACUCCUAGGAGAGAAGACAGAGGGUCUCAUGGGGGUCUCAGAGCUGAUCAUCUCCACCUCAGUUCUGGGGUUCCUGUUCUCCCUGCUUGGAGCUCAGCCGCUCCUUGUCAUCGGUUUCUCGGGGCCCCUUCUCGUAUUUGAAGAAGCUUUUUUCAAGUUCUGCCAGAGCCAAGGCAUCGAGUACCUGACGGGCAGAGUGUGGAUUGGCCUGUGGCUCAUUGUCUUCAUCUUCAUCAUUGUGGCAGCUGAAGGCAGCUUCCUGGUGCGAUACAUCUCGCCCUUCACACAGGAGAUCUUUGCCUUCCUCAUCUCCCUCAUCUUCAUCUACGAAACCUUCUAUAAACUCUACAAGGUCUUUGCAGAGCAUCCUUUGCUGAAGUUUUACCCGCCAAGUUUGCAGAGUGGCUUGAACGCCAGCACGCUCUCUGCUGAUGCCAUGUCUCUGGGAACCAGGAUGCAGCCCAAUACUGCCCUCCUCUCACUCAUCCUCAUGCUGGGCACCUUCUUCAUCGCUUUCUUUAUGCGCAAGUUCAAGAACAGCCGUUUCUUAGGAGGCAAGGCUCGACGGAUCAUUGGAGACUUUGGAAUCCCCAUCUCGAUCCUGGUCAUGGUCUUAGUGGAUUACACCAUCACAGACACGUACACACAGAAGCUGAAUGUUCCCUCUGGGCUCUCAGUCACGUCUCCCCAGAAGCGUGACUGGUUCAUUCACCCCCUGGGCAGCCGACAGGCCUUUCCCAUGUGGAUGAUGUUUGCCUCAGCCAUCCCUGCGCUCCUGGUCUUCAUCCUCAUUUUCAUGGAGACCCAGAUCACUACCCUGAUUGUCAGUAAGAAGGAGAGGAAGCUCAUGAAAGGCUCUGGUUUCCAUCUGGACCUGCUGCUCAUUGGUACCAUGGGCGGGCUCUGUGCGCUGUUCGGGCUCCCUUGGCUGACCGCCGCCACCGUGCGCUCGGUCACCCACGUCAAUGCCCUGACGGUCAUGAGCAAGGCCAUCGCUCCGGGGGAGAAGCCGAAGAUCGAGGAGGUGAAGGAGCAGCGUGUGACAGGAGUUGCAAUCGCUGUCCUUGUCGGCUUGUCCAUUGUGAUGGGCAACAUGCUGCGCCGGAUCCCCCUGGCUGUGCUCUUCGGGAUCUUCCUCUACAUGGGGGUCACGUCGCUCACUGGCAUCCAGCUCUACGAGCGUCUCCUCCUCAUCUUCAUGCCGUCCAAGCACCACCCAGACCAUGUCUACGUCGUCAAGGUGAAGACCUGGAGAAUGAACCUCUUCACCUGCAUCCAGCUGGCCUGCAUCGUGGUGCUCUGGGUGGUGAAGUCAACAGUGGCCUCGUUAGCUUUUCCCUUUGUCCUGAUUAUGACGGUGCCCUUACGACGCUUCCUGCUGCCCCGCUUCUUUCAGGACCGGGAGCUCAAAGCCCUGGACUCGGAAGACGCAGAGCCGAACUUUGACGAGGACGGCCGGGACGAGUACAAUGAGAUGCACAUGCCUGUGUGAGCGGCUGCUCCACCCCCUCCCUGUGGAAAGCUGCUCGUUCCCACGUGUUCUCAUUGGCUACGACCCAAUCCAAAUGGCUUGGAACUUACUACACGUCAGAUGUUUUCCUGUCGGGACCAAAGAGCAGCUGUGUCGGAACCCUGGAGGGAGGUGGGCAGGGCCGUUC